AGCCGAGACUGGGUCCUCAACGUCCUCACCGAUCACCUCCACUCCCAGCUACAGUCCUCUUCAAACUCCGUGGUUGUCCCGGUGAACAGUCUUCAGUUCGCCAUGUUCUGCCUGCUGGUACUCAUGUGCUUCGGCGAAAAGCUCGAUGAGAGGGCCAUUCGAGAGAUCGAGUCGGCCCUUCGCAACCUCCUCCUCUACUCCAACAGCCUCAACGUCCUCAAUUUUUUCCCGUCCGUAUCAAAGUAUCUUUUCAGAAACCGAAGGAGAAUCGCGCUGGAGAUGCUGAAAAAACAGACGGAGGUGUGCGUACCGCUCAUAAACGCCCGGCGAGAGCACAAGAAGAAUCAGCGGGAGACCGAGGAGAGGUACGUCUACUCCUACCUCGACUCGCUGCUCGACAUAAGACUGGCAAAGAUUAGAUAUGUCAUCCUCGCACAUAAUGCAGACGCACAAUGGCGGCGGCACUCGUCUCACCCGCCAGGCCAUUUCGUGCUACCGCACGCCAUGUCGGAGGAAGUGGAAUUCGAAGGAUACACCAUUCCGAAGAACGCCACGGUGAAUUUCAUGGUGGCAGAGAUGCAGCUGGACGAGAAAGUGUGGAAGGAUCCGAUGGAGUUCAGGCCGGAGAGGUUCAUCGACGAUGACGGAGGGCUCGAGAGGGUCGAUAUAACGGGGAGCAAGGAGAUCAAGAUGAUGCCGUUCGGGGUAGGCAGGAGGAUUUGCCCUGGGCUACAGCUUGCUAUGCUGCAUUUGGAGUAUUUUGUGGCGAAUUUGGUGAUGGAGUUCGAAUGGAGGGGUGUUGAUGGGGAAAAAGUUGAUUUUUCGGAGAAACCGCAGUUUACGGUGGUGAUGAAGCAUCCGUUGAGGGCUCGGUUGGUGCCGAGGAGGAAGAGGUAGAGAUCGAAGUUUAAGAGUUACUUGAAUUUGGUUGUGUUCGUAUUUGCGCAUCUUUUUAUUUAUUUAUGGCAUGGAUAUAGUAAAUGUGUAAGGAUUUUGUGUCAUGGUUGCUUGUAUUGGGUUAAAUCUGUCUGGGUCAAUUCACUUGAAACUUUUUGUUAUCUAGAUUUAGUUGACUUUGUGCAUGCAUGUUGCGUUUGUAUGGAUGGAUGAGUAAUGACUUCA